AUUCAUUACGUCUUGCAACGGAAACUGUUUACAGUUUAAAAGAACCAAACAGCACCAGAUUAGACUACAUCGGGUGCAAACGGAACAAACAGGGGGGGACCUACCUGAAUCUGUCAAAUAGAAAGUCUCGUUUUCGAUAAUAAAAACUUCCGUUUGGAGUAAACUGUUUCUGUUUUAACAAACGAAACGUUUUGCAACAGAAUUGCCGAAAUGAAUACACCCCUGUUUGAACGCUUGCAGUCUCGCACUAAAUACGACACAUUGCGCGGAUAAUUUCUUAAAAAUGGAUGCCGGUGCUCUUGCCACAUCUUUCCAUGUCUGGCAAUAUAGACAACAUUUCAUUUUCAAGGAAUUAAGAGACAAAAAUAUGACCGUCCAGUGUGUUCUAUGCAAACCCAAAAUCCGCAUGUUGUCUACCUCCAAGAACUCGACAUCAAAUCUGAAGAAACAUUUGGAGUAAAGACGAAGGAGAUGGAGAUGAGGUGAGGAAGCCACAUAAGGCGAUUGAGAUGCACCCAUAAUGAAAUGUAUAUCAUGGACAUAUGAGGUACUACUACUGCAGAGAAAGCAUGCAAUCGUGUAUCUGAAGUCGCCUAAAGGUGAGAUGGAUGGACCCAAUGGAUCACCCACAGACUCUCCUAAGGAGCCACGCUACAAGAAAUCCAAGCUGGAAAACCUUGUCAAUCAAAUGGCGUCACAGCCAAAAGUGAACACCCUGGUCUUCAACUUUAUGGUGGAAAAUGUCCAGUCGCUGUCUGUCUUGGAACAGCCUGCUUUCAGGAAGUUGAUUGAGGGCUUAAGUGGAGGGAAGAUGUCCAUGACCCGAAAUACUUUUAUCAAUGGAAUUAUGAUGGCAUACUCCAAAAUGAAGGAGGAGCUAAAGGAAAAGCUGAACAGUGUACAAUCUGUGUGCACUACAGCUGAUAUCUGGUCAGCUCACAACAGAAGCUACAUUGGGAUGACAUGUCAUUGGAUUGAGAAGAAUGAGCUGGAGAGGAAGUCUGCUGCACUUGCCUGUGCCAGAAUACGGGGCUCGCACACAUUUGAAACAAUUGCAGCCAAAAUACACGAGAUUCAUUUGGCUUACAAUAUUGAAAACAAACUUCAGGCUACAGUCACUGAUAAUGGCAGCAACUUCGUCAAAGUCUUCAAAGAGUUUUCAAAGGGGGACAAUGAAAACUAUGAAGAUGACAUUGUUGAAUUUCAGGACGUGGGCACCAUACUUGACGGAGCAGAUGAGGCCAUGCACCUCUUUCUGCUGCCGCACCAGAGAUGUGCAUCGCACGCAUUGAAUCUGAUUGCCUCCCACGAUCUAGCGCAAGUUCUAUCACAGGGAGAAACUGCCCAAGUGUACUGCAGCGCAAUGGCCAAAUGUUUUGCCAUAUGGAACAGCGUCCACCAAUCCCCAUUGGCUAUAGCAGCAGUGGAGGACAUAGAGAAAAUGAAAUUGACUGCUCCUUCUGUGAGUCGCUGGAUUUCUGAAUACUCUGCAGUGGAAAAGAUGGUCUCUCUCCCUGAAACAAAACUAAUGGAUGUUUGUGACAGCUUUGGGGUCCCAAGACUGCUAUCUUAUGAGAUAGCAUUUUUAAAAGAAUACAUAAAUGUCUUCAAGCCACUUGCUUUUGCACUGGAACUCUUCCAAGGAGAGCAAAAAUGUUUUCUUGGAUUGGUCAUACCUACGGUACUCACAUUGAAGAAAAAGCUAUGUGAGAAGAAAACUCUUGCACUUUAUCUCUUGGACGUCAUCAACCCUGUUCUAGACGCGAUAGAUUCCCGUUUCAAACAGCUCUUUGCCAGUCUGGAUGCAAAAAUGGCGACAGCAACUACACCACAAUUCCGUUUGUGGUGGCUACCAGAAGCUGAGAGGGAAGACAUGCAUUUGAUGCUGGUGGCUGAGGCAACCCGUUUGGAGCUGACUGAUGGUGCGCCAAUCAGCAGCGACAGCGUGCAGUCAGAAGAUGAAUUCUUUAGUUUCGGACCUGGGACUGGCAACAAUGAUGCAGAAGAGGAAGUCCGGAAGUACCUCGAGGGAACCAGCAAAAAUCUCAGUUGCCUGAAAUACUUCCAGAGAGUGAGAAAGCUGUUCCUCAAAUUCAAUGCCAUCCUACCCUCAAGUGCUCUUGUGGAGCGCCUCUUCAGUCAUAACGGGAACAUUCUCACCCCUAAAAGGAAUGGUUUGACUGAUGAUCAGUUUGAGCAAGUUCUCCUUUUGCGGUACAACAGCAAAAUAUGCACUCUGGACAAAAUAUUCCCUGGGUAAAAAUUUAAAGGGAUUUUUUCACAGAUCAUUUAUCAGACAAAAGAGGGUGGUUGGAGGAGCUAUAGGAGGACGGGCUCAUUGUAAUGGCUUGAAUGGAUUUAAUGGAACCGUAUCAAACACAUCAAACAUGAGCAAACCACGUUUGACUCCGUUCCAUUCAUUUAAUUCCAGCCAUUACAAAAUCACUCAGUUUAUAAAUAUAUUAUACCACGGGUAUGACAAAAGAUUACUUUUUACUCUUCUAGUUACGUUGGUCACCAGUUUAUAAUAGCAACAAGGCACCUCGGAUUUGUGGUAUAUGGCUGUAUCCAGGCACUCUGCGUUGCGUCAUGCAUGAAAACAGCCCUUAGCUGUGGUAUAUUGGCCAUAUACUACACCCCCUCGGGCGUUGCUUAAAUAUACUUAUUCAAAAUAUUGAGUUAUGUACUAGUUAAAUGCAAAUGUCUACUUUUCUAUUUUAUUUUUAAAAAUUACACAAUGCUGCUAGCCUACUUUUUACACGUGAUUACAUAGAAAAUGAGUCUAACGUAAAUAAAAUGGAACAGGUUAAAAUAAUUCUAAAUAUGCUUCUUUGUGAUUUUAUUAAACAUGAGGUUCAAGUUUUUAUUUUAAAAGAAGUCAAGUAAUGUGUAUCCAGUAAUGGAUUUUGUGUUUUCCUACUGUACAGUACAUGACAUUGGAGACCUCCAAAACAGAGGAACAGGCUCACACUCACAGUUCACCCACACAAUCACCUCUAGGCGGCAAUGUUGAGUUGUUAAAUCUAGUUUGUGUGAUUAUAUUUACUCUGUUGUCCACCUAUCUUUAAAUAAAGGUAAAAUAUAUAUGUU